GAAAAACUGAACCAAGCAAUCCGGUUCGGUUCCCGGUUCGACCGGAAAGAACAGUAAACCGGACCAUGAAUGGCCGACCAAGAGACUGUGACAACACAGAAGAAAUAAUAAACUCGUGCCACACAGUACACGCACACGUCCGUCACUCAAAACCUGCAAAGAAAUCCAUCCACUUCAUUUUUUCAUUCACAUUUUCAUUGUCUUUUUGUGUUUUUUUCCUCCGUCCAUAAUUAUAACCAAAUUUCUUCGGCCCCGUCCUCAGAUUCAUUCGGUCGUCUUUUUCCUAAUCAUUUUUCUAAUUUAUCAAAGAAUUUUCCAUAUCUUUGAAAGUCAACUAACGGAUAGGAAAUAGAUAUUCCUAAAAUUUCCUUAGUAAUAUAUUAUACAUAAUAUAUAUAUAUAUAUAUAUAUAAUUUCCUCUCCACUUGACUUGGUCCUCAUUGUCCUUUAACUUAUCUUCUUUACUUUUGUCUAAUCCCUUCACUGCUCUGACAAACCAAACACUGAAAACAACAGAUUUCAGAUCAGAAACAUGGAUUCUCCGGCAACAAUCGUGUUCUCAAAACCUGGGUCCUGUCUGGUUUUGCUGUUUCUGUUCCUGAUUCACUCUUUUCCUUGCGCACUAAGUCACCGGGAAACCAGGUUGUGUGGCCGGAGAUUCCAGUGCGGGAACAUCACGGCCGGUUUCCCCUUCUCCGGAGGAGAUCGCAAUAUAGUCUGCGGUCAUCCGUUGCUGAAUCUUCAAUGCAACAGAGAUUCGAACACGACCAUGUUAGAGAUAUCAGGUUUCAUAUACAAUGUUCUGCAACUGGAUAGCAAAUCCAACACUCUAAGACUUGUCAGAGAAGAGAAGUCAGAGUCUUUCUCUGUCUGCUCGGGUCGAUUUCCCAACACAACGUUGCCGCCUGAGCUCUUUGAGCGUUUACCGAGUUACAAAGAUCUUUCGGUUUUCUACAGGUGUGACCAUAAGCUCCAUUACCUCAACAAUUCUGAAUGUCCAUGGAAUGGGUUUGGCUCAGUGUAUCAGAGAUCUUGCCAUGAAGCUCUCAAUGUGACAGUUCCUGUCAGUUUCUUUUCAGACAAGAAAUCUUGGAGUCUGACUCACCUGGAGAGUGUUCUGAAAGAAGGGUUUGAGGUGAAGGUGACGAUCGACGAAGGAAAGUGUCGGAACUGUUCAUCAUCUGGUGGAACCUGUAUUUUCCGUAAUGAUGUUCAGCUUUGUUGCAAGGAGAUUUCGUCGUCGGGAUUGGAAUGCGGUCUGACCAAUCCAUCUGAAGGUAAUAACUUAUAUUUCCUUUUGUCUCCAGGAAUUGGAGUGGCUUGUGGAUUGGUCGGCGGCUUACUCAUAGCCGGAGUUGUGUUCUGUUUCAUCCACCGACGAAGGAAGAAACUCUCUGCUCCAAACACCAGCAGAGACUUGCCGAUAAUGCAUAGUUCGAACCAAGGAACCACAAACCCAGCCACUUCCAUGACAAUUUCCCGCCGAGGGCAAUCUGUUCAGUCAUCAAACUCGAAUCUCGGUAAUGGAAGCGUCUAUUUCGGAGUUAAGGUCUUCAGUUACGAAGAACUCGAGGAAGCCACUGAGAAUUUCUCUAAAGAGCUCGGUGAUGGAGGCUUUGGCGUUGUCUACUACGGUGUGCUGAGAGACGGGCGAGAGGUAGCAGUUAAGCAUCUGUACGAGAGGUCCCUGAAACGGGUGGAGCAGUUCAAGAACGAGAUCGAGAUCCUGAAAUCGCUGAAGCAUCCGAAUCUGGUCAUCCUCUAUGGAUGCACAUCCAGACAUAGCAGAGAGCUUCUCCUCGUCUAUGAAUACAUCCCUAAUGGCACCUUGGCUGAUCACCUCCAUGGCGACCGAUCCAGAGCUCGCACUCUCCCAUGGCCUGUCCGCCUAGAAAUCGCCAUAGAAACAGCCAGCGCCUUGUCCUACCUCCACGCCUCAGGAAUCAUUCACCGAGACGUCAAGACUACGAACAUUCUCCUAGACAACAAUUUCCAAGUCAAAGUCGCCGAUUUCGGGAUCUCGCGUUUGUUUCCGACAGAUGCAACUCAUGUCUCCACAGCUCCGCAGGGAACUCCAGGCUAUGUCGAUCCAGAAUACUACCAAUGUUACCGUCUCAACGAGAAGAGCGAUGUCUACAGCUUCGGUGUCGUCCUCGCGGAACUGAUCUCGUCGAAGGAAGCGGUCGACGUCAACAGACACCGACAUGACGUCAACCUCGCGAACAUGGCGGUAUCCAGGGUCCAGAACUCUGCCCUUUCGGAGCUCGUGGACCCGGAUCUGGGCUUCGAGAGGGACUUCGCCGUGCGGCGGAUGGUGACGGCGACGGGGGAGCUCGCCUUCCGGUGCCUGCAAGAAGAGAGAGAGGUGAGGCCGUCGAUGGACGAGGUCGUGGAGGUACUCAGACGGAUCAAGAACGAGGAGAAUAGCGAGCCGGCGGAGGUGGAGAUCGGCGGUGGCGGUGGCGGCGGAGAUGAUGUUGGGUUGCUCAGUCACGGCGGUGCUCCGCCACCGAUGUCGCCGGAGACUGAUAAGCGGACGAACAGUUCGAAAUCGAAUACGACGGAGAGUUCUUUUUGAAGGGAUUUGGAGGUUUUGUAUAUAAUUAAGUUAAUUAAUUAUACGGUUUUGUAUUAAUGAGGAAAAAAUCGGCGAUUAUGGAUCUAAUUAUGGUUUCGUGUGCGUA